AAGUGGGGGCGCGGUGGCCCGCAGCUGCCGGAGCCGCCGAGGGACCUGGCUAAGCGGAGGGAGCUGGAUCCCCGCCACCACCCGGUUGGUGCCGGAGCCGACGCCUACCCGGACUCGUGGGGAGACGAUGGCGGAGGAGAAAGGGCCAAGUGUAGAACUGCGCCAAAGGAAUAAGACAAAGUCUUCAGAAAGUGAGGAGGCCACCAAAGAAGACAAAAUCACUGAUGCUCCACUUCCUCAAAGAGCUCCAAAAUAUGUAUUAUUUCAACGCUUUGCAAAGAUUUUUAUUGGCUGUCUUGCAGCAGUUAUCAGUGGCAUGAUGCAUGUUUUCUAUUUAUCAGCCUACCAUGAACGGAAAUUCUGGUUUUCCAACCGGCAGGAGCUUGAACGGGAAAUCACGUUCCAGGGUGACAGUGCUAUUUAUUACUCCUAUUAUAAAGAUAUGUUAAAGGCACCUUCAUUUGAAAGAGGUAUUUAUGAGCUGACACACAAUAACAAAACUGUAUCUCUGAAGACCAUCAAUGCAGUGCAGCAGAUGUGUCUGUAUCCAGAACUUAUUGCCAGUGUUCUAUAUCAAGCAACUGGAAGCAGUGAAAUGGUUGAACCAGUGUAUUUCUAUAUUGGCAUUGUUUUUGGAUUACAAGGGAUAUAUGUUACUGCUUUAUUUAUUACAAGUUGGAUUAUGAGUGGAACUUGGCUAGCAGGAAUGCUGACUGUUGCAUGGUUCCUUAUUAACAGGGUAGAUACGACAAGAAUUGAAUACUCCAUUCCUUUAAGAGAAAACUGGGCACUACCAUAUUUUGCAUGCCAAGUUGCUGCACUUACAGGCUAUUUAAAAAGCAACUUAAAUACUAAUGCAGAGAGGAUUUGCUACUUGGUGAUGAGUGCGUCAACUUACACCUUUAUGAUGAUGUGGGAGUACAGUCACUAUAUCUUGUUUCUUCAAGCAAUAUCUCUGUUAUUGCUGGAUAUCUUUACAGCAGAGCAAAGUGACAAGGUUUAUGAAGUGUAUAAAAUCUAUGUAUUUUCCCUGUUUCUGGGAUAUUUAUUGCAGUUUGAGAAUCCAGCUUUACUGGUAUCUCCUUUAUUAAGUUUAGUAGGAGCUUUAAUGCUCAUUAAGUGCCUUCAGCUGAAUGUGAAAAAAGGAACUUUUGUAGCUAAAGUAAUGAUGGUGAUUAAAUUUUACUUGGUGUGUACUCUACCAGUGACAUUGAAUCUUAUAAUGAAGAUGUUUAUCCCACAUAAAGAAAAUGGGCAUAUGCUGAAAUUCCUUGAAGUAAAAUUUGGACUAAACAUGACUAAGAAUUUCACAUUGAAUUGGCUACUCUGUCAAGAAUCUCUCCAAGCACCAUCUCAAGACUUUUUUUUACGAUUGACACAAUCUUCUCUAUUACCAUUUUAUGUUUUAGUGUUAAUUAUUUGUCUUCUGUCUAUGACACAAGUUAUUUUUAGGAGGAUUACUGGUAUGUCUCAGAAAACAGCUGUAACUCUUGAAGAUGGAAGAAUUGGAGGAAGGCCAGAAAUAAUUUACCAUGUAAUUCACACUAUAUUACUGGGUUCUCUUGCGAUGGUUAUAGAAGGCUUGAAAUAUGUUUGGACUCCUUAUGUGUGCAUGCUAGCAGCAUUUGGUGUGUGUUCCCCGGAGCUGUGGAUGACACUUCUAAAGUGGCUUCGAUUAAGGACUGUACACCCAAUAUUGUUGGCUCUUAUUCUGAGCAUGGCUGUGCCAACUAUUAUAGGUCUCAGUUUAUGGAAAGAGUUUUUUCCAAGAUUAAUUACAGAAUUAACGGAACUACAGGAAUUCUAUGACCCAGACACAGUGGAACUUAUGACCUGGAUAAAAAGGCAAGCUCCGGUUGCAGCCGUGUUUGCAGGAAGUCCACAGUUGAUGGGUGCAAUUAAAUUGUGUACUGGAUGGAUGGUGACAAGCUUACCUCUUUACAAUGAUGAUGAUCUUCUCAAGAGAAAUGAAAAUAUUUAUCAAAUUUAUUCAAAACGAUCUGCUGAGGAUAUUUAUAAAAUAUUGACAUCCUACAAAGCCAACUACCUAAUUGUAGAAGAUGCUAUCUGCAAUGAGGUGGGAACCAUGAGAGGCUGUAGGGUCAAAGAUUUAUUAGAUGUUGCAAAUGGCCAUGUGGUUUGCAAGGAAGGGGACAAGUUAACCUACUCAAAGUAUGGACGAUUUUGCCAUGAGGUCAAAAUUAACUAUUCGCCAUAUGUGAAUUAUUUCACUAGAGUAUACUGGAACAGAUCCUACUUUGUAUAUAAAAUCAAUACUGUGAUAUCCUUCCAAUCUUGAAAAAUGGCAGAGCCUUCAUUUCAGAGACUUAGGUUACUUGAAGUAAAAUUCAAUUAUCUUCUACCUAUAUGCUGUCUGUUGCAGAUCAAGUAUGGAUAUUUGAAAUGCUGCUCUACUCCUUCACCCUCCUUGCUGUUAACUGAGUUCAGGGAAAUGGGGAUUAAAAGAUCGUGCAUUGCUGUCUUUUAGUAAAACAACAAAGCCACCACUCUGCAAACUUCCAGGCAGAUUUCUUCUUAAAGAUUUUCCCUAUUGCAUUGUUUUCCUAUUUUUGUCAUUCUAUUAUAAUUGAGCUUCAGUACAUUCAAAACCAGAGUAUACUUCUCAAGCAUCAUAUUUAGUAAGUACUUAAUGUGAUACAAUUACAUUGUAGAAGGAAAGCCUCAAACAAGCUUAUGAAGAUGUUUUAACAGUUUAUAACACAGGUAACAUUUUACAAUAAAAUGUAAUUUCAA